AUAAGAGGUGGCAAGAAGCCGCAAUUGGCAUCGAAGAAGUUGGAAGCAGGAGGAAUUUUUCAUGAAUUGGGUUGUGCUGUCGCAACACUACUAGCGAUAGUUUGAUUUCGCGGGGAAACUGGACUUGGAGCACAAGAUCGUGUCUUUAUAUGCUCCUCUGAUAAUGAUCUGCCAAUCUGUCAAAGAUUGACACAUGGAUCCUGAAGGCAAAAAGUUUGGAGGAGGACCAAGGGAAUUAACGGGUGCUGUAGAUCUUAUAAGUCACUUCAAAUUACUUCCGCACUAUGAGUUUUUUUGCAAGAGACCACUGCCCGUGUCAAUUGCAGACACACAUUAUCUUCACAAUGUGGUAGGAGACACAGAAAUCAGAAAAGGAGAUGGGAUGCAGUUGGAUCAGCUUCUUCAGAAUACAUCUUACUCUGUAGAUACAAGUUCUCGCAUACAGCCUUUCGACCUAGAUAUUUUGAAGGAGGCUUUUCAACUGAGGGAAACAGCUCCCAUUGAUUUGCCUCCUGCCGAGAAGGGAACUCCAACUAUUGCAGGAAAAUCAAAAGGUGAGUCUAAAGAUAAGGAGAAGAAGCAUAGAAAGCACAAAGACAGGGACAAGGAUAAGGAUAAGGAGCAUAAGAAGCACAAACAUCGCCAUAAAGACCGCAGCAAAGACAAGGACAAGGAGAGAAAAAAGGAAAAAAGUGUGUAUCAUGAAUCCAGUGCCGAUCAUGCGAAGAAACACCAUGAAAAGAAAAGGAAGCAUGAUGGAGAUGAAGAUCUUAACGAUGCAAGCAAACACAAAAAAAGCAAGCAUAAGAGCUCAAAAAUUGAUGAGUUGGGGGCAAUAAAGGUAGCAGGAUAAAAAGGAUACAUACUGUAGUUCACUUUUUUCUCAAAUAGUUGUUAUCAGUUGUUAAAGUUUGGAGGGGUCUCUCAGUUGACAUAUGAAACUUGAGGUACUUCAUUAUAAUUGCAAGAUUCGAUUAUGUUUCUCUGCUAUCCACAUGGUUUAAUCUUUCUUUACAGUGGUCUUCUAUUUAUUAAGUGUUUUGUGGUACAUAUUUUAUUCUACCUAGGUCUUGCCCCUUGGUAUCUAUGUUAUAUGUUGAAACAAUUCUUACUGGUACCUGAUUAUUUGGGAAGAAUGUUGGACGAUGGAAUAUUAGUGUUGCUUUGAGGUUUUCAAUAGGAUUUUCACACACAGCUCUCUUGGCUAAAAAUAGUCACGUUUGGUUAAAUGGUCUGCAGAAAGUAACCCACCACUGCCCAAGCGUGCUGUAAGCAUUUUCUCUUUGAUUAGAACUCAUUUUUCUUGUCAUUUUUCAAUGGACACAAGUUCUCAUUUUGCAUUCAGUAAUUGGAAUAUUAAAGGUAUAUCGCUCUCGUGUAUGUUAUUGGGGCUUGGAGUCUUGUUCUUCCUAUGCAUGGCAAGAAAAAGAAGUUUGCAAAAGAUUCUGGAAACAGCUUUCUAUGUUUUGUUUCUUGAAACCAAAAGGGAGGAAAAAACCAAGACAAGACAAAACUUAGAUCUCACAAAUCUUGGAGCACAAGCAAUUUCAUAUAAAACAUUAAACGGUAAUAGCAUUAUCUCAAGUUGAUUCUGUAAUAAUUUUUAUCUCAUGCUGUUCAUAUAACUUCAAAAUCAAAACCAUGCUUGCACACCACUAGUAGUUGCCAAAUUUGAUGGUGAGGGUCCUGAGGAGUUCAGCAGUAUCUUGCCAAUCCUAUGAAUAAUCCUGAUGAGUGAUGACAAUUACUGGAUAAGAAAUUUCGCUGGCAGAAUUAUCAGUGAUUAAAAGAGCAUCUUGUUUUCAGAUGCUGUACAAAUGAUGAGAAUUUAUCUUGUUUGAUGGAGGAGAAAUGAUUUGUUGGGAAAGAGAUAGUAGUAUGAUGCAGUCUUAAUCUUUUUGGAAGUUUUUUUUUUUUUUUGGCUGAAUGACAUGACAUCAUGAUAGUAAUAUGACAUGUCCCUUUUUGAAAAUUGAGAUGCAUGGUGCAGCUAACACCACUAUUAAGAGCAUGUUUGGUUUCUUGAGAACUGCCUAAACCAUGAAAAAUGAAAAUUGAGAUUCAUGGCAGCUAACACCAAUAUUAAGAGUGUGUUUGGUUUCAUGUUGAGAACUGCCAAAGUCAUGAAAAACACGGUUCUAGUGGUUUCCAACAUGAAACCAGACUUGCCCUAAUUGGUUCUCAUGUGAAGCUUUUCCAAAUAUUGGAUCCUUGGAUCCAAGUUGGUUGGCUAAGAGUGUUGUAUUAAUAAAUCUGUUGGGAACAUAGGUGACGCAGUGUUAAAGAAUUAAGUUGAUUGCUUUCAAGGGGCCUUAGAUUAUUGCAGUCCAAGAGCUCCUUUGUUUCGCCUAUGGGAGGGAGAUUCAAUUUUUCUUGCACAUAAAAUGAGAUACAUAACAUCUGUUGUAUUUUUGUUGUUAUUAGCUAUCUUCUUUUUGUUAUUUUUUCAACUUAAGGCAUGAGAAUUUUUUUAUUUAACAAUAUCACUUUUUGGUUUCAUAUUUCCAUCAAUUGCAUUCUAUUCCAUAUACCAAACAACUUGUAUAGUUUUUGUUUGGGAUUAUUCUCUGGUUUUGUUUUGAAGAGGGGAAUGUUAUUUAUCAUCACUUUGCUUUGUAGUUCAUCUUCAUCUCUUGGAGUUUGUCUUUUUAUUUUUACACCUCUUUUAGAAUAUUUUAAUUACAAAAGAGUAGAAGCUUUGAUGGUGUGUUUUUCUUCAACGCCAAUUUCUGUUUGCUUUAUUUUUUUGCUGCAACCGUGCAUUGCAGUAAAACCCUUCUGAAUAUUUUAAUUAUAAGGACCGGCAGUAAUUGUAUAUUAUCAUGGUGUUUCCUGCAUAUUUAAGAGAUUCUCAUCACAGGCGCUAUUGAAAUCCACUAGAAUUUUUUUUUUUUACCAAUGUGAAAACUCAGUUUUAUGCAUCAGAAUUUUUAUUCUCCAAUUACUAAAAAAUCUAUUUUAAAGUUAUUUGAGUAAAUUUUCAUGUACUGUACCAAAUGAUGCCAGUUUAUGAUACUAUGUUGAUAUCUAUUUUCAUGUUCAGUCUGGUGGUGCAAGAUUCUUGUAUUUGUUUUAUAGCAUCACUAGAUAGUUUCUCAUUGAUAAAAUAUAUGUGUGAUGUCUUCCAAUUUAUGCAGAGUAGCUAGUGAACUGUCCCUAAAUAUUAUCAUGAGGGUGAAUUCACCUGUUGGUGGAAGGAAAGGAUACUGAGGUAAAAUUUGCUGAGAAUGAACCUUGUUGUAUAAUUAUAACUAUCUUAUACCUAUACACACACACAUUAGUGCCAGUAAUUUCCCAAAAUCUGGUCCUUUCUGUGUUUUCUCAGUUUUGUGGCGCACUGGACAUCUCAAAGUGAAUGCAUUAUUUUUGCCCCUUAGUGAAUUUUCUAGUUAGUAGUUUUCAAUUAGGGCUAGUUGCUUAGGAUGACUGAACUAGAACUAACACUGGGAAAUGUGUAUAUUGAUUUGAUUGCUUUUCCUCUGCCCUGUAUCUAACAGUAACUAGUCUGACAUUCAUGAUUUGUAUGGCUUGGCAUCAUGCAAACUAACUCUUCCCAAAGGUUUUUGGUAUAUAUUGUAUUGAAAUACUUGUCAUUUUGAGUAAGGAACUGUUUAGUUUCGGAUGGCUAUUUAGGAUUAGUUUAGUUCAGAGGCUUAAAAAUAACAUCCUUUUUACUAUGGAUGAUGUCAUUAUUAAGAUUUUGUAUGCUUUUGAUUAGUGAAUAUGCAUAAUAUUGAUUAUUAGCGGAUAUGCUAUGAUCUUGAUGACUAUCAUACCUCUUUGGCAAGGUUGCUUCUAUGAUUGGGAGUAACAAAUUUUAGCUCUGCAACUUUUGUAGAGUCGUAUUCUCUGUAUUCUGUUAUGAAGAUAUUUGAUAUAUGUAAAUGUAAUGAAAUCAUUUUAUAUGUG